AAAGGAAAAUCAUUCCAGACGGAGAGUGAAGAGGGAGAGACAGGAAAGUUCUCAGCAGACAUGAGACCCAACGCCGACAUCAACGCCCUGAACCUGGACACCUACGGCCUGUCCCUCAUCACCGCCAAGGAGGACGUCCUCAACGACCGCAUCUCCACCGACUGGGCCGUGUUCACCUAUGAAAAGAAAUGGAGUUUGAAGCUGAUGGAUUCUGGAGUUGGCGGGUUGGAAGAACUGAUCAAAAAAUUCAACAAGAACCUGGUUCUGUAUGGACUUUGCCGAGUGCCGGACCCCAACACCCAGGGGCCCCGACUCAUCCUCAUAUACUGGGUCGGUGAAAAUGUGGACGCGUCACGGAAAGAGGUCAGCACCCAGCACCUUCCCGCCAUCCGCAGGUUCUUCAAGGAGGCCAGCGUCAUGCUCCGCGCCCAGCGCAUAGAGGAUCUAUCACCGGAGGCCGUGACCCAGGCCCUCAACAAAGUGCCACAGCCCACCCGGUCCUUCCACCGACCCCGACUUCCCGGAUCUCACGAUUUGGUGGGGACGAAUUACACAAAAACCAACCCGGCCAUAGAGAUGAAGUUCAGUAUGAGGGACUCGUUCUGGCAGAGGAAUGAGAGAGAGGAGGAGAGGAGGAAGGAACACGAACGUCUGCGGUUACAGGAGGAACGGAUUACGAUGGAGAAAGAGAGAAUAGAGAGAGAGCGGCUGGAAGAAGAGGAUCGGGAGCGCCGGAUCGAGGAGAAGGAGAGGAUGGUGGGGGAGCAGAGGAAGGAGCAGGCGAGACUGGAGGCCGAGCAGAGGAGGACGGAGAAGGCUCGAUGGGCCCAGCAGCAGAGGGAGUUUGAAGAGGAGACGAAGGGAAGAUUUCGGCGCAGUCAGUCCAUCGAGAUGGCGGCGGAGGCGGCAGCGCUGGUUUCUGGAAGGUCACUGCACCCCCGGGACAUCUUCCGGCAGCAUGAGCGAUCUGUAUCCUGUUCCAACUCCCCACCGUCCACUCCCAGCUCUCCGGGGAGAUCUCCGUCCAGUUUUUCCGGCAGAACAACGUUCCGAUACCAGCGCAGCGUGACAGAGUCUAUUUUGACACCUCCGGCCCGAAGUCCAUCCUAUUUUCCUGGUUUCCAGAAAAGAGACUCAUUCAGUGGCCCUUCUUCUAGCACACCUCCAGCAUGUUCUCCUGCCUUCAUCUUCUCCAAGGCCCCACUGCCAGGUGGCACAUCUACAAAGAUGGACUCUUUACCUUCCUUUAUACCCCCUCCAAUUUCCACCAAGCGAGGCCCUCCAUCACACGUAAAAGAGAACAUAUCUCCCCAGAGCUCCAUAUCUCCUCAGAGCUCUGUAUCUUCUCCCAAGAGCCCCAUACCUCCUCCUCUGAGCAUCAUACCCCCUCCUCAGGGCUCCAUAUCACCUCCUUGGAGCUCCAUUCCUCCUCUUCAGAGCCCCAUACCUCCUCCUCAGAGCUCCAUAUCGCCUCCUCAGAGUUCCAUUUCACCUCCUCAGAGGUCCAUAUCUCCUCUACAGAACUCCAUAUAUCCUCCUCAGAGUUCCAUAUCUCCUCUACAGAGCUCCAUAUCUCCUCUUCAGAGCUCCAUUACGCCUCCACAGAGCUCCAUAUCACCUCCUUGGAGCUCCAUACCUCCUCUUCAGAGCACCAUACCUCCUCCUCAGAGCUCCAUAUCGCCUCCUCAGAGUUCCAUAUCGCCUCCUCAGAGUUCCAUAUCUCCUCUACAGAACUCCAUAUAUCCUCCUCAGAGUUCCAUAUCUCCUCUACAGAGCUCCAUUUCUCCUCUUCAGAGCUCCAUACCGCCUCCACAGAGCUCCAUAUCUCCUCUCCAGAGUACUGUAUCUCCACAACAAUAUCUGUAUGAUGUACCCUACAGGGCCGAAUAUGUAACACUAACACCAGAGGAGCCUCUACAACAAGGCACGGACAUCAAAGCUCAGACGAGACCUCCAGCACUUAACAUUCCACAGUCUACAAACUUUGACACUCCAGAUGCUACAAACACAAAGAUACCUGGUGAUGUAUACAGAGCAGAGUUUGUGCCCGUUGAUAAUCUGAACACAUCUGAAGAUCUUGUGGACCAAGGGCACAGUCCAAAGUCACCGAGGAGCUACCACACACCUGAAGGACCACCAGCAGCAAUAAAGGCUACGGUCUCCAUCUCCAGUCCUGUAUCAGAAAUUGCAUUUGCAAGUGUCACACCAGUUACCGAUGAAAAGAUUUCCACCACACCACUUAGCACUGAGGCGCCAGGACUCAAUUCUCUAUUAGGUGCAAAAGCUAUUGGGCCAACCUUUGCACCACAGGGACCAGUUUUAGCUGCACAAGCUUCUUCCACUUCUGCUGCUUCCUUUGACCAAAGAUUAUUACCAUCUCCACCUGUUUCUGUAACUGCAGAAAAACUCCCAGAAACAAAAUCAAACUUUUACCCAAUAAGCAGCUAUGAAUCACAUGCUUCCUCGAAGACCAAUGUUGAGGGUCUCCCGCCUUCUCCUUUGCCUGAUUCGCCGAUAAGAUUAGAAGGCAAAACUCCAUUUUCAUCCUCUUCUUUGAGGUCUAUAUUACAAUAUGUUGCUCCUCCUCCUUAUACACCUUUUAGUGCAAGAACAACAGAUUCUAUUACAGUAAAGGCACCGGCCUUUGGGAAAUCUCUGAAUUCCAGGUCGGCUUCCAUCUCUGCCGGGACUUUUCCUGGGAUUUCGUCCACCAAUGUUCCAAACUUAGAGACUUUAACUGUAAAUUCUAACCAACCUAAACCUCAAACUCUACAUCAUAUUGAGACACAGGAACAUAAUGCCUCCCGUCUUUCACAAUCUCAGAUCAAAGCCACCGAUCGGUCAGCUGAUGUACAACCAGUGGAGUGUAAAGCAGAGGUUCCAACAGUAGACAGUUUACCUAGAGAAACUAGCUUACCCACUUCUCAGAUGGAACUCAACAAAGACCAGAUCAAAGUUUCCUCCAACAACUUGCCUGAAGCUAAAGCUGAACCCAUUUAUAAUCAAAUUGAAGUAUCAUCAGCAGAAAAUUUUCCUUUAUCGCUAACUGAACCCAUUAAUAUAGCAUUUAAGAUUCCCUCAGUGGAGACGAUAUCUGUUAUCAACUUACCUGAACCUCAGGUAGAAGCUGACGUCCCUCUCACUGAAGUCUUACCUUUAUCAAUCACUGUUCAUAUCAACAACCCACCAGAAUUUCAAACCAAGCCAAUAGAAAAACACACAGAGGUUUCUCCAGUGCAAUCUUUACCUGUGGUGGCCUCUCUUUGCACCAUCUUACCUGAACCUCAGGAGGAACUUCGUGAAGAACAAACUGAGGUUUCUCCUGUGGAAUCUUUACCUGUGGUGGCCUCUCUUUCCAGAAUCUUACCUGAAUCUCAAGAUGAACUGAAUGAAAAACAAUCUAAAGUUUCUCCAGUAGAUUAUUUACCUGUGGUGGCCUCUCUUUGCACCAUCUUACCUGAACCUGAAGAGGAACUCGGUGAAAAACAAACUGAGGUUUCUCCAGGGGAAUCUUUAGCUGUGGUGGCCUCUCUUUGCACCAUCUUACCUGAACCUGAAGAGGAACUCGGUGGAAAACAAACUGAGGUUUCUCCAGGGGAACCUUUAGCUGUGGUGGCCUCUCUUUGCACCAUCUUACCUGAACCUGAAGAGGAACUUCGUGAAGAACAAACUGAGGUUUCUCCUGUGGAAUCUUUACCUGUGGUGGCCUCUCUUUCCAGCAUCAUACCUGAAUCUCAAGAUGAACUUAGUGAAAAACAGCUUAGGGUUUCUCCAGUAGAAUCCUUACCUGUGGUGGCCUCUCUUUGCACCAUCUUACCUGAACCUGAAGAGGAACUCGGUGAAAAACAAACCAAGGUUUCCCCAGGGGAACCUUUACCUGUGGUGGCCUCUCUUUCCAGCAACGUACCAGAUAAACUCAGUAAAAAAAAAAUUGAGGUUCCCCCAGUGGAAUCCUUACCGGUAGUGGCCCCACUUUCUGGCAUCAUACCUGAAUCUCAACAUGAACUCAUUGAAAAACAAACUGAAGUUUCUCCAGAAGACUUCUUACCUGUGGUGGCCUCUCUUUGCACCAUCUUACCUGAACCUCAAGAAGAACUCUGUGAAAAACUAACUGAGGUUUCUCCAGUGGCCCCUUUUUCAGGCAUCGUAUCUGAAUCUCAAGAAGAACCAAUUAAAAAACAAACUGAGGUUUCUCCAGUGGAGUCUUUACCUGAGGCAGCCUCUCUUUCCACAAUCUUACCCGAGUCUCAAGCUGAUUUCCAAACUAGCCUUCCAAUAAUACCUACCUUACCUAUGGCUACUUAUCCUCCCAUCAAUAGCUUACUAGGAAACCAAGCUGAACCCAUAGAAAAACAAGCUUCAAUUCCACCUACAGAAACUUUUCCUGCAAGUGCUUCACUUGGUACUACCGUUCACCUUGAAUCUCAAGCUGAUGAUAUUGGCAACCAGACUGAAGGUCUUCCGGCUGAAACUGUUUCCAUGGAUGUCUCUUCCUUUUUCCUGUCUGUACCCAGCUGUAAUCAAACUAACCUUUCAUCGGUCGAGACAAUACCUGAAAACCUUCCCAUGGGCGGUUUCAAUGAUUCUCAAUUGAAUGACUUUGUUAGUGGCGCUCAGUUUGAUUCAUUUCCUGUGUCUCUCCCCACUGAAGGGUCACCAGGAUCUGAACACACCAAAUACCAAUCUGACGUUCCAUCGGUUGAGGCCAUACAUGAACCCGUAUCUCUUUCCACUGAAAAUCCACUAAAACGUGAACACAAACUAAGCAAUGAUCAGGAUCUUCAACCUCAGACUUCAUCACCAGUGUCUUUUACCCUUCCCAAAUCUGAACCCAGUAUUGAUCAAACUAAGGUUUCCAAUAAUGCAGACGUGCAAUUGGCUGACUUCCUCUACACGGACAGUGCACCUAUGUCCCAAGCCAAGGACAAUAUUAAUCAAAGUAAGGUUUCAGCUGAUCCAGCCGUACAAUUGGCUGACUUCCUCUACACGGACAUUGCACCUACGUCCCAAGCCAAGGACAAUGUUAAUCAAAGUAAGGUUUCAGCUGAUCCAGCCAUACAAUUGGCUGACUUCCUCUACACUGGGAGCUCAGCCAGGCCCCAAGCCAAGGACAACAUUAAUCAAAUUGAAGUUCCUCAAUUAGCUGAAUACACCAUUCUACAUUCUGAUAGCUCUACAGGAUACCAGAAAGAUCAGAUGACCACAUUAACUGAUUGUAAGUCUGUAUUGGCCACUAUUCCCGAUAUCAGCUCAAAAGAAUUACAAGAAGAACCUUCUAAGAUCCAAACUGAAGUUCCAUCAAGUCAAUCUUUGCCUCUGCCUGCUUCUAUUCUCUUCAAUGGCUCUCUAGACUCUCAAGCAAAACCCAUCAAGGAACAAAUUAGUGAACCACCUCUUUCAUGCCAAUCUCUUGGUGAGGUUAAUCAAAGUGAGCUUCCUGGACCUGAGACUUUACCCAUGUCUGCCUUUAUUACCACUGACAUGGUGUCAGAACCUCAAGCUGACACACACGAUGGACAACCUGAGAUUCUAUUAUCUGACAUUGUUGUUUCUCUUGAAUCUCAGGCUGAAAUCUCCGAUACGCCAACUGAGGUAACACCACUUCAAACCUUACCUGUUACAGAUUCCCUAUCCACCAAUAGCUUACUGGAAGCUCCAACUGAACCAGAAGAUGACGUAACUGAAGUUCCACAAGUUCAGUCCUCACCUGAGGCCACCAUACUUUUUUCUGACAGGUCUGAAUAUGAAGCUAACCAAAUUGAGGUUCUGGUGCCUUUAUCUUUGCCUGUCUCCCUUCCCAUUGAGAGUUCUUCUGAGUCCAAUGUCCAUCAACCAGAGGAAAAUAUACCGUCAUCCUUCUCCCUUCCUGUCUGUAGCCUAACUGAACUUCUAGGAGAAAUCAGGGAUCUCCAAACUGAGCUUCUACCAACUGUGGGUAAAAAUGAAUUUCCCCAAUUUCCUCCUGUCAUCCCAGCUGAAGUUCAAGCUGACCCCCAUGAUGGACCAUCUGAGGUUCUGCCAACUGUGGGUAAAAACGAAUUUCCCCAAUUCCCUCCUGAGAUCCCAGCUGAAGUUCAAGCUGACCCCCAUGAUGGACCAUCUGAGGUUCUGCCAACUGAGGGUAAAAAUGAAUUUCCCCAAUUUCCUCCUGAGAUCCCAGCUGAAGUUCAAGCUGAGCCCCAUGAUGGACCAUCUGAGGUUCUGCCAACUGAGAAUAUAACUGAAUCUACUACACUUCCUACCAUCACCCAGCCUGAGCUUCUCCCUGAAAUCAAUGAAUAUCCCUCACAAUUUCCACCGAUUGUAAGUUUUCCUGGUUCCAACUCCCCUCCUCCUGAACAAUCACCCGAAUAUCCAGCAGCAUGCAGCCUUGAAAAUCCAGAGGUUCUAAUACCUGACACAUUUAUUGCAUGCAUGGCCCUUUGCACAGACGAAUCAGCUGAAUCUAAUAUAGAAGAAAAUUAUAGCCAAACCUCAACCGAAACUUCAUUUUUACCCACUUCAUUGCCAUCCAAUGGCUCUUCUGAAUGGUCAUCGGAACUCAGCCAGGUGCCACCAGCUGACCCUACAUCUCUCACAUGGUUAGGUGACAACCCUUCUACAUCUCUCACAUGGUUAGGUGACAACCCUUCUACAUCUCUCGCAUGGUUAGGUGACAACACUUCUACAUCUCGGAACGAUACCUUAAAUGUAGUCCUGCCAUUGGAUUCUUCGCUGCUUUCUGCUUCCUUUCCCACCGACAGCUUAGUCAAAUUUUCAGCUGAUCCCAAUGGAAACCUAAUAGAAGUUGAAUCUCUGCCAGUGUGCUCCUCGCUUCUUGUUGGCAGCUCUGACAUCCCAUGUGAUGGGGCAGGAGUUCCAGAGGCACCUUUACUUUGGGAUUCACUGCCAGCUCCCAGUUUAAACCUGUUUGGGGACCCUCAUCCUGGAAGCCCACCUGUCAUUGGUUGUCUGAUUGAACCUUAUCAAACAGAGAAAGCUUCUGGGCCUGAGACGGAGGCCAUUUCUACAAUGGAACCCAGCACAGAUAAAGUCAUUGUACAUGACAUUUUGCCCAUCAGUAACUUGCCGGCGGAAGAGAGUCAAACGCCAAAAGAUUUGUCUCUGUGCAAUACGGACUUAAUGAAUUCCAGAGAUAGCUCAGCCUUCGUUGACCAAAAACACUCAACAUUAAUCCCAACAGAGACCACAGAGAAUAAUAUUCCCAACAACAACAACACUCUUCCCUCUGAAGUUGUUCUGUGACCUUCACGUAGCAAGUUGUAAGACGUCCUCAACUGUCACAGAGGUAUCAAACACUGGCCAGGUGACUGUCCUGUCCACAGUGAAAAGACUGACCUGAGAAUCCUCCAGAUACUGACACACUUAAUUACUUCCUCAAUCAUACUGACACCGGGGGGAUGGAGGGACCUUGUCUUCAACAGUCCAGAAUACUAUAUGCAGGCGCCAAUCCAUCGUGUGAACCUAAAGACAUUGCUCUUUCUUUUUAUUGAGUGAUGAGAUGACAUCAUCAGUUAGAGGAAACCUCCCAUCGUCAUGUCCAAUCCAAGGACUUUACCAUCAGACCUGCUCAGCCAUCACUGACGUUACCAGAAAAGGACGUGUCCCCCUUUUCUGAUCCUUGAUUAUCUUCAGAUAUUCAUAAACAUGGAUAAGAAGGGUCUAUGUUCUUGUUCUAUCACAGCCACCAAGGAGAGGAGGUCUACUUGUACUCACAGAUGAUGUUCUUCCACAAUCCCAACAAUGAGACAUAAAUACCAAUCCAGUGAGGGACUUCCAAGACCUUCCCAACUGUCAGUGAGAAAAUAUUGUUUUACUUCCUUCAACAAGGAACUCAUUCAUUGAUAGACAAUGAGACAAAAAUGGUAAUUUAUUGGGUGUGAAGAACCUGCAUUUGCAGGACUCUCUCCCCUCCCCCUCUUUCUCCCUCUCCCACCCCCCCUAUGGAUGUGCGUCUAUACAUAUGGCGGUGGUUGCAUAAUGGAAAUUUGUUGUGGGCUGAAGAUCUUUGACUGAUAUACGAUAGGUGCCUUAUUGAGCAUUUACCAUACUGGAUAUGUGAGGCUCCCUUAACGACCUUUGCCGGGUAGCGGUAGGUGUGUUUGGAAAGCAUUGUGCGUCUUUUCGGGAAAGCAAAUAGUUCUUUAUAUCUCAGAAAGGUCGAGGAAUUACAUAGUUCUGUAUUUCUCUCCCAGGGUUGCUUCCCGUGGCUCACAGGAAGGCAGAAAGAUUUGUGCUCUCUUCGUUAUGACGAAGGUUACAGUCUGUGUGGGGUGCAAUAAAAAGACGUAGACUGAGAAAUGAAGGUGUAGAAGAAGGGUCGGCUCAUGUUAACUGAGAAGGAAACGGUAAAGGUUGCAAACACUAAAGAUGGAGUUACUGAAAUGUCUGAAGGUUGUACUAGAAGAUGAUAUUUGAGGAAGGAUGCAAAGCACUUUAGUUUGUAAAUGCAUCACCAUGGAAGGGUGGAGAAGUGCUGAGAGAACAGGCUGGGAGCAUUUUAUGUGGGUUUUGGGAUGUGUAGUCAUGGCCUGCUAAGGAAAGUGUGACUGUGACCAAGUUUUUUUUUAACUCUAUGUAAUGGGCUCUAAUAAUUUUCUUUUCAUCCAUCAGUAGAUGGAGAUAUUGUUCUUCUUUGGAAGAGUCUUUCACGUCCUACUCCUCUGAGGAAGAGCAUUGUCAUGGAGAACAUUGUGUCUUCCUUCUUCUAAAUAGAGCAUUGUCUCUUUCUACUCCUGGGUGGGAGACCAUGAUCUUUUCCUUCUUCUAAAUUGGAGAACAUUGAGGUUUAUUUACUAAAGCUGGAGAGUGCAAAACAAGACGAUGUUCUCCAACUCAGAAGAAGGAAGAGACAAUG